GUUGUCUCCAAUUUCUCCUCCCCCGCUCCCCCCCGUCCCAGCCAAGAUGUCUGACAUGGAGGAUGAUUUCAUGUGCGAUGAUGAGGAGGACUACGACCUGGAAUACUCUGAAGAUAGUAACUCUGAGCCAAAUGUGGAUUUGGAAAAUCAGUACUAUAAUUCCAAAGCAUUAAAAGAAGAUGACCCAAAAGCAGCAUUAAGCAGUUUCCAAAAGGUUUUGGAACUUGAAGGUGAAAAAGGAGAAUGGGGAUUUAAAGCACUGAAACAAAUGAUUAAGAUUAACUUCAAGUUGACAAACUUUCCAGAAAUGAUGAACAGAUAUAAACAACUAUUGACCUAUAUUCGGAGUGCGGUCACAAGAAAUUAUUCUGAAAAAUCCAUUAAUUCUAUUCUUGAUUAUAUCUCUACUUCUAAGCAGAAUUCUGAUUUUUUAUGUCAGAUGGAUUUACUGCAGGAAUUCUAUGAAACAACACUGGAAGCUUUGAAAGAUGCUAAGAAUGACAGACUGUGGUUUAAGACAAAUACAAAGCUGGGGAAAUUAUAUUUAGAACGAGAGGAAUAUGGAAAGCUUCAAAAAAUUUUACGCCAGUUACAUCAGUCCUGCCAGACUGAUGAUGGAGAAGAUGACCUGAAAAAAGGCACACAGUUAUUAGAAAUAUAUGCUUUGGAAAUUCAGAUGUACACGGCACAGAAAAAUAACAAAAAACUUAAAGCACUCUAUGAACAGUCACUUCACAUCAAGUCUGCCAUCCCUCAUCCACUGAUCAUGGGAGUCAUCAGAGAAUGUGGUGGUAAAAUGCACUUGAGAGAAGGUGAAUUUGAAAAGGCACACACUGAUUUUUUUGAAGCCUUCAAGAAUUAUGAUGAAUCGGGAAGUCCAAGACGAACCACUUGCUUAAAAUAUUUGGUCUUAGCAAAUAUGCUAAUGAAAUCGGGAAUAAAUCCAUUUGACUCACAGGAGGCCAAACCUUACAAAAAUGAUCCAGAAAUUCUAGCAAUGACGAAUUUAGUAAGUGCCUAUCAGAAUAAUGACAUCACUGAAUUUGAAAAGAUUCUAAAAACAAAUCACAGCAACAUCAUGGAUGAUCCUUUCAUAAGGGAACACAUUGAAGAGCUUUUGCGAAACAUCAGAACACAAGUGCUUAUAAAAUUAAUUAAGCCUUACACAAGAAUACAUAUUCCUUUUAUUUCUAAGGAGUUAAACAUAGAUGUAGCUGAUGUGGAGAGCUUGCUGGUGCAGUGCAUAUUGGAUAACACUAUUCAUGGCCGAAUUGAUCAAGUCAACCAACUCCUUGAAUUGGAUCAUCAGAAGAGGGGUGGUGCCCGAUAUACUGCACUAGAUAAAUGGACCAACCAACUAAAUUCUCUCAACCAGGCUGUAGUCAGUAAACUGGCUUAACAGAGAACAAGCUUUUACAGACAUACUUAAGGCAACAGUGCAGAGAUGUAACCCUUAAAAGAACUGGGAAUGGCAAAACUACUGUCGGUUGAUGUGUCCCGAAAAUUAUUGGAGUUAUGGCAGAAGUGCUUUUUUUGAUCAACUGGUUUGUGUUUUGCUGCUGCAUUUAUCCCAAGAAAAACAGCUUUAAUCUCCAGAAGAAAACCAAAAUGCCGUGGGAUUUAUGCUGUAUUGACAUCUUGCCCUAAAACAUACAACAUCAUAGUAAUUUGUCAUGGGCAACAUGACCAGAGAGAAGAUUUUUGUCAUGAUUUUAAAUACACUGACACGCUACUGUUGGUUAAAUUUAAACAUGUUUUACCUGCAGAAAUUCUCUCACAAAUAACCUGCAAUAACUUGAAAUGCAUACCCUUUUGAACACUUCCUUUUCUCAUGUAUAAAUUAAAAUGUUUGCUGCAUUUUGCAAAAUGUCAGUUCUCCAAAAAUGUGUCCGUAUAUUUCUGUACCUGCAGUGUAGUAAAGGUUUAGAUGAAACCCCAUAAUUAUAGUGGCAUACUGUCACUUAGGUUUCAAGCAGCAAAAUAAACAGUGCAGCUCAGAAAUUGUAGUUUGGUUCUUGAUGCGUUUUUAUUACAUGUGGGGUUUUUGUUUUGUUUUUUAGUACCUUAGAAAUGUCAAAUUAUUUUUCUUCAGUUAAUGAUAAAAAGCCUGGGAGCAAAUAAGUUGGUUAUUUGCUUUCAAGUUUUUAAGGAGAAUUAGUUUCUAACAAAACAUUUGCAUAGUACUUAACUUUGAAAGUGAUACUUUAAAGGAAUAAAAUCCUUUUUUUUUCUUUUAAGAAUGAUACUCCUUUUUAAAAGAUUCUAACUCUCAGAAUGUUCACUUUAAACAAAUACGCCAGAAUAUAGACAGCUAAAUGAAUGUUACCCUGCAUCGUGAUCAUGCUGGAAAAUUGUUUCCUAAUUCCAGCAAUCUACCAUUGCUCAAAACCUUUUGGGUUUUGCUCUUUUACAAUUGCAUUCAGAGCUAAUUUAAGUCACACACAAUAUUAACUUUAUGAUUGCAUAUUGUUAAAAAAAAAAAAAAGUAUUACCCAACUUGAUUGUUUUAUAGUUACCAUUUUUGGGCACCAAAUGUCUUUUGACUGUUUCCAAAAAUUAAAUCUAUCUUUGAGGUAAUAGUAGGAAGUACGCAACUGUCUUUGAAGGCGAUCGCAAAAGAGUUUUAAAGGUAUUUUGAGCAGUGGUAGCAUAGUUAGGAGAAUGAACUGUGGCCUUCCAAGGUGACUACCUUAAAGGAGACGCAGCUCAUUUGAAUGUAUUGAGUUUUGGAUGUAUUCAUUUCAUUUAAAAAAGCAAAGUUCACAUUAUUUUAUAGAAUCGAAAGGAAGAACUAAGAUUAAGAUAAUUUCUUUGGUUUUUCUAUUGCUUGUUAUUAUGUAAAAAGAAGUGAGUGGCAGUUCAGAAGGAAGACUGUUGUAACUGAAGAAUGACAACCAAGAACUUUUGAUCAUUAAAUCAGAUUUUAUAAACAGUGGAAGGAGCAUGGACUUAAAAACAAGGCAGGCUUAUUUGGUUUUGUCAAAAUUUUAUGAAAAUAUGUGAUAUAUAUUUAUACUAAAACUAUAUAAUCCUUAGAUUUAGGAGAGCAAUCAGUUAAUGUCUUUAGCAGAUUAAAGCAGUAUUAAAUACAGGUGCAACUUGAAAAUGUAGAAAACUGAAAGAAAAUGAAAGACAAAAUUAAUGUCUCUGGUAGGGAAUAAAAAAGUUUAAGAUAUUAUAAAAUUAUGUGUAUUUUUUUCUCUUCUGCAUAAAUCAUUUGUGAAAAAUGUGCUAAAUUUUUUUUUUA